AUCAUUUCAGACGUGUCCUUGUUGGCUAUUGUUUACAUUGUACAGUGACCACAACGAAACUAAGACGAACAGACAAUGAUUAGGAUAACUAUCUACUGUGUAUUGGUUUUAAUAAAUGUAAGCUUUAUAUUAGGCCAAGAAUUAUUAUCGUCGAGUGCCUGCUAUGGGGUGGAUUUACCUUGUACGAGUCAUCAACUACAAUGUCCAGUCGAUGCAGUGAUCAAUAUUAUAAGUGCCCAAUAUGGCUAUAAAUAUCGAUGCCAAACAGCCCUUGAAUGUACAGCUUGCUGUUGGUAUAAGGAAGGCGAUUGUUUAGUUGAAUAUAAAUCAGAACAUUAUAAGAGCUUGUUCAGGAAUUGCUCCCUACAGAAUCGCUGUGUGUUUCGAGCACCGUGGAUUAGCCAUACAUUAUGUUCAGAGCUUCAUAGAUCUUUAUUAACCAGCGUGUUCUCUUACAUAACCUAUACAUGUGUUGAUGUGUAUGGUAUGGGGUCAAUAGAUAACGUCCAAUUCCCAGAGGAAACAACAAUAAAGCCAACUCCUUUUAUCGAAGGUAAUCAUGACAAACGCCAAGAUUUAACUGGUGAUAAAAUAAAAAUGUUGCCCGACCAGAAACAACAGUUAUUAGUUAACCAAUACAACCUGCAGAGAUUAUCAGGAGGAAGAGUAAGAACAAUUGUUAUUUGUUCGGUAGUUGCCAUAGUUUUUGUUGCUGGCCUCGUUGUUUGUAUCAAAACACAGAUCUACAAAAGGUGUGUAAAAAGACAAGGGAUCCAGAGUGACAACAAAAACAAAAAUGAAAAGAGUGCACCGGUUUAUCAUGAAUGUGAACCAAGUCGAUAUUCAUUCAUUGAUAAGAUCUAUAGCUCUGUUACUCCCUGGAGGUUUUCUAAAACAGAUUCUAACAUUAGUACCGGAAAUGAUGUAUCCACGGUUGACGCCCAUUAUGACAGACUUCAUAUGGACAGUAAUACCAAGUCCAUGACACGUGAUCCCAAUUAUGAUCAUCUUCAACAAAUCAGAAAUUCUUCUGGAUAUGAUCAUUUGGGUGUCAACAGUAUUUCUACUAUAGAUAAAAGUACAUAUAAUACAACUAAAGAUUUGUAUAUAUAAGAUGCAUUAUGUGAGAGCUAUAUCUGCAUAAUGCAGGUGUUAUGUCUGGCUUCAAAUGUUAUGUAAAUUAUUAUAUAGAUAUUUAAACAUAUGACAAGCCAAAAAUCAACGCCCAAGACCAUCCGAUGGCUAAGAUAUUGAGUGGAUUAGAUAUCGUUUAUUAUAGUGGUAAAUGGUACUUGGCAAUUGAGACUACAUUGUAUUUAGAUAAUUUGAAUGGUAAUUUCAAUAUAGUGGUAAAUGGUACUUGGCAAUUGAGACUACAUUGUAUUUAGAUAAUUUGAAUGGUAAUUUCAAUAUAUCAGUAUUCAUAUUUCAUUAUCUUUUAUUAUCUAUUGUAGUAAAAACGAUCAGCUCUUUAUGUAAAUCUUACAAAAUGCAUAUUUUUUGAGGAUAAAUUUAUGUACUGAAUGUAUGUCUAUUUAUCAUGGAAAAUAAACUGGCCAAACCUC